CCUCCUGCCCGCAGUUGCCGGGAGCCGCGAACCCGAGUAGCAGCGAUGGCGAAUCCCCGAGUCUACAUGGACGUGUCGGCAGGGAAGAAAGCGCUGGGUCGCAUCGUCAUGGAGCUCAGGGCUGAUGUUGUCCCAAAGACUGCAGAAAACUUCCGUGCGUUAUGCACAGGUGAGAAGGGUUUCGGUUACAAAGGCUCAACGUUCCACAGAAUCAUUCCCGACUUCAUGUGCCAGGGUGGUGACUUCACGGCACACAACGGCACUGGAGGCAAGUCCAUCUAUGGGGAAAAGUUUGAUGAUGAGAAUUUUGAACUGAAGCACACAGAGAAAGGUAUCCUGUCCAUGGCCAACUCUGGGAAAAAUACAAACGGCUCCCAGUUCUUUAUUUGCACCGUUUAAAACUGAUUG